AUGAUCAAUAAUAACAUGGUAAAAAUUAAAAAUAGCAUUUUUCUUAAAGAUAACAAUGAUUUUCAAAAUAAACUUAUCGAACCAAUAGAUAGUAGUGAACUUUUAGAAGAAAGCGAUGAAUGUCCGUUACCAUUAUUAGAAGAAGCUGAUGAAAAUGAAGUGGAGUUUAUUAGAAGAAAGUAA